AUGGAUACAACAAUUGACAAUAUUUCAACAAACAAGUAUGGGGCUCCAUCCAUUUUUAGUGAUGUAUCAUUAGAUUCGCCUUCAUUUUGGUUAUUCCUAAUCCCCAUAAUGACAACCUUGUACAUAUUCAUCACCAAAUACAACAAAUCUAGGAUUCACGAUUCCGUCAUUACCACCUCAAAUGGCUCUAUUCCAAAAGGCAAAUCAAAAUUCUAUGACUCGUUCGAUGCAAACUACAAGAUCCACUCCGUUGAACCCAAUUUCAAAUGGGAUUCGAUCGACGCAUUGAAAUCAUACCCAUUCAAAAAUGCUGCUUAUAAAUUGACAAUGUCAAUUGCGUCAUUACAUCCACAGGAUUGGUUACUUGUGGAACCAACAUAUAUGAAUCGAUUAGAAAAUAAAUACAAAAUUAUCAACAAUUGUCAUCCUGACUAUCCCAAAGAUAAAGAUACAAGAUCAUCGACGGUUUUCAUGACUGAUGAAGCGUAUGAUGCGGUGGUUGAAUUUUAUGAAAUGGUGAUGAAUUAUAUGUGUGAUAAGUAUCCCAUGUGUUUUCAACGUCAAGUUGAAUUGAGAAAAGUGAAGAACUUGAUUACUGGUAAAAGUUAUCCUUUGAAAGGAGAGGGGAUAGAUGGUGUUGUAUUGGAAGAAUAUCUUGCUGAAAACAUUGAAGAAGAUUUUAUACUCUUACAACUCGAUCCAAACCAAGCUAAAACCAACCCGGAAGAUCCUACCCUAGGUGAAUACUUUUUUAAAGCUGGUGUAUUUGCAUUUGCCGCGGGGUUUAAUCCAUUGGACAGAUUCAAUAAACCAUUGACCUUCAUUCAUGAGCGUAUUCCAGGGUACACCACAAAGCUACGUCCAUCAAUGAAUAAAUUCUUUAAUCGAAUCCAACCCCAUCAAUUUGUAACUAGGUCCAAUUGGUCAUUACAAACUCAUCAUAAAUUUUAUGUUGAUGAUGCUAACAAAGGACAUAACUUACCUGCUGAUUAUAUUCAACAACCAAUGGAGUAUGAGAGUUUGGACUUUGAUACGCAGGUGCAUUAUCGUAGUGAACGUCAAGUCUUGACUAGAUUACCAAAGUCAAAAGCAAUUGUAUUUACAAUCAGAACUUACUUAUUACCAUUGGCAAAAGUUAAAUCAGAUGGAAUGGAAGUUAGACAGAGAUUGAUUGGAGCUAUCAAAGGUUUACCUGAAGAUAUCUCUCGCUAUAAAAGAGCUGAAGAAUGGGGGCCACCAAUUAUAAGGUAUUUAGAAGAGGAUUGA